UGAAGAUUGAUUGGAUGGCAUUUGAGGCUGGGAAAUUCCACCGGCCGGGGGCUGGGACUGGGAGAGAGCAAACAAGGGGUGAUGUCACCCUGGAGGGUAGCAGCAGGGAAGAGGAGCUUUGGCCUCGACCUUCCCCCGCAUGGCCUCAACCACCUCCUCUUGCCUCCCAUCUGUUGGGCCUCCCCGCCUCUCCCUGCCUUCUCAUGAUCCUGUUUUGACGUUGUUACGCAUAUUUUUCCCACUCGUUACUAAUUUCAUCCCUACAAUCCACAUACCAGAGCUUGAUCUCCUGGCACUGCUGAUCAGUCUCCAUGGCUUCUACCGAAACUCAAACUGAGCUUCAAUCCACGCCUUCAGACGGCACAGGAGUUAUUCAGCUCGAUCCUUGGCUUGAGCCUUUCCGAGGAGCUCUGCAGCACAGGUUCCGAUUUGUGGAGAGCUGGGUCAAGACCAUCAAUGAGUCGGAAGGUGGACUGGAGAAAUUCAGCAGGGGCUACGAGAGAUACGGUCUCAAUGUCAACGCCAAUGGAGACAUCACUUACAGGGAAUGGGCACCAAAUGCUGUUCAGGCUGAGCUAGUUGGUGAUUUCAACAAUUGGGAUGUCACGGCCCACCCAAUGACGAAGAACAACUUUGGCGUCUGGGAGAUUACAUUGCCAGCAAAAGAUGGUGUCCCGGCAAUUCCUCAUAAUAGCAAAGUCAAGAUAACCAUGGUUACCCCCGGCGGGGAGCGGAUCUACCGUAUUCCUGCAUGGAUCAAACGUGUCGUGCAGGACCUCACUGUGUCUCCGAUCUAUGAGUCGGUGUUCUGGAAUCCACCAGCGAGUGAACGGUAUCAAUUCCAACACCCUCGCCCUAAGAAGCCCGAAAGCCUUCGCAUCUAUGAGGCUCACGUGGGCAUCUCUUCUCCUGAAACGAGGGUCGCAACAUACAAGGAGUUCACUGCAAACAUGCUGCCCCGUAUCAAGUACCUCGGAUACAACGCGAUUCAGCUCAUGGCUAUCAUGGAGCAUGCCUACUACGCCAGCUUUGGGUACCAGGUGAAUAGCUUCUUCGCGGCCAGCAGUCGCUAUGGUACCCCGGAAGAUCUGAAGGAGCUGGUGGAUAAAGCACAUAGCAUGGGUUUGGUGGUGCUCCUUGACGUUGUUCACAGUCACGCGUCCAAGAAUGUUCUAGACGGACUGAACAUGUUCGACGGUACUGAUCACCUUUACUUCCAUUCAGGAGGGAAGGGUCAGCAUGACCUUUGGGACAGUCGCUUGUUCAACUAUGGGAACCAUGAAGUCCUACGGUUCCUCCUGAGCAAUCUCCGCUUCUGGAUGGAAGAGUACAAGUUUGACGGUUUCCGUUUCGACGGCGUCACGAGUAUGCUGUAUACCCACCAUGGUAUAGGAACAGGCUUUUCCGGCGGAUACCACGAAUACUUUGGGCCUUCGGUAGAUGAGGAAGGUGUGAUGUAUCUGACCCUGGCCAACGAAAUGCUUCAUAGCCUAUAUCCCGAGUGUAUAACUGUGGCGGAGGAUGUAUCUGGGAUGCCAGCACUGUGCUUGCCACACUCCCUUGGAGGUGUCGGAUUCGACUACCGGCUUGCAAUGGCAAUCCCAGAUAUGUACAUCAAGCUUCUGAAAGAGAAGUCUGAUGAUGAAUGGGACAUAGGUAACCUCUCCUUCACGUUGGUCAACCGCCGUCACGGGGAGAAGACAAUCGCCUAUGCGGAAAGUCAUGACCAAGCACUUGUCGGCGACAAAACCCUCAUGAUGUGGCUCUGUGACAAGGAAAUGUACACCCACAUGUCCGUGUUGACGGAAUUGACCCCCAUCAUUGAGCGUGGCAUGGCUCUACACAAGCUGCUUCGCCUGGUCACCCAUGCUCUCGGUGGUGAAGGUUACCUCAACUUCGAGGGCAACGAGUUUGGCCACCCCGAAUGGCUUGACUUUCCUCGUGUGGGAAAUAACAACUCCUUCUGGUACGCACGUCGCCAAUUGAACUUAACGGAAGAUCACCUCCUGCGGUACAAGUUCCUAAAUGAGUUCGACCGCGCCAUGCAAUUAACCGAGGAGAAAUACGGCUGGUUACAUGCUCCACAAGCAUACAUCAGCCUGAAGCAUGAGUCUGAUAAGGUCCUUGUUUUCGAGCGUGCAGGUCUCCUCUGGAUCUUCAACUUCCAUCCUACCAACAGUUUCACGGACUUCCGCGUAGGCAUCGAGAAAGCUGGAACAUACCGAAUUGUUCUCGAUACCGAUGACGAGGAGUUCGGUGGGUUCGGUCGUAACCGCAAGGAUACGCGCUUCUUCACAACAGAUAUGCCAUGGAAUGGCCGGAGCAAUUAUCUCCAGGUUUACAUUCCUACCAGAACAGCACUGGUUCUAGCAUUGGAAGAGACCUUGUAGACUGAACUCAAGAGGUAUUUCCACAAAGCCAGCACCAGCUACACUCGUUGCGAUAGUCGAGUUGCCCUGUCAAUGCAGGAUGUGAUCAUACGUGAAACGGCAAAGCAGCAUUAUGUUUACUCUGUAGCGUCAACACAUGUGUUUCAUUCACUGUACUUUCUUUCUCUAUACAUGCGAGUUUUACAUAUCUAUCAGUGACACAACUAUGUAAUCUGUAGCUUCUUCCUAUGAGAAAGCCUGUCAUCGUUUC